AUGAUCUUCCAAAAAAUCUUGCAAAUCGAGCCCACAAUUGAUCCUGCAAUCGCUUUAUCAAUCUCUAUUCUUUUAUCAACCAAAUUCCAUGAGCAAAGCCCUAUCUCUCCCCAAGCUGUGCUGGAAAUCUCCCCAUCAAUUCGAUUUACAAAUGAAAUUUUGAAAUAUGAGCUUUAUAUCUUAUCUUUAAUUAAUUUCAGAACUCUAAUUCCUACACUGCAUGACUGAGUGAGCUUGCAGGUUGAAUUGUGCACUAAAAGACUAGAAAAAGAUGUGAAAAACAUGAUUAGAUAUGUAUCCUUACUAAUUAUUGAUCUUUUGCAUGAGGAUGAAACUAUUUUGGUAGAUUAUCCAGUUGGACUCUUAAGUGCAGCUGUUAUACAAGCUACACUAUCAGUUUUGACAAAACUGUCUGGGCUUUUUCCUCAGUGUGAGCUACUUGUAGGAUAUUUUGGGUUUGACUUAGAUAAUCUGGUUCAGCUGUCGGAUUUUAUUCUUUGCCAUGUGCUUGGUGAAGAACUGUAUUUUUCGUAUAUGUGGUAA